CGUAGAUUCAACAAUCAUUCAAGAUGUCUGGACGCGGCAAGGGAGGAAAAGGACUCGGAAAGGGAGGCGCCAAGCGCCAUCGCAAGAUCCUGCGAGACAACAUCCAGGGUAUUACGAAGCCAGCCAUUCGUCGUCUGGCUCGUCGUGGUGGUGUGAAGCGUAUCUCCGGAUUGAUCUACGAGGAGACUCGCGGUGUCCUCAAGGUCUUCCUUGAGAACGUCAUCCGUGAUGCUGUCACCUACACCGAGCACGCCAAGCGCAAGACUGUCACCGCCAUGGAUGUCGUCUACGCUUUGAAGCGCCAGGGACGUACUCUGUACGGAUUCGGCGGUUAAAUAUAUUUCCUCAUCCCUGCAACUGCUUCCGAACAAACCGGCUUUUUUCAAAGCCACCACAUUCAAUCAAAAGAAAGGUGUGUUCUCCUGUGUGUUGUAAUGUAAAUGUCUACACGUGACUCGUGACGUGAGUCGUCGAUUAUUUCUGCGAUUGUAAUCUCAGCAUCUGCA